AUGGCGACCGGCGGGGACAAGCCCCCGUCCCUCGAUGCCGACGUCGACAUGGCCGACCUCGCCUCCCUCGACGCCCCGGCCGCCUCAUCCGCCGCUGCGGCCGGCGCCCCCUCCACCCGCUUCCGCCCCAGGGCCAAGGGCAAGCCCAAGCCGAAGCCCGAGGCCCCCAAGCCCGAACCGCUGGCCGUACCCAAAUCAGAGCCGGAUCCCGAACCGGAGCCGGUGCCGGAGCCCUUGGCCGCCCCCGCGCCGCCGCCGGAGGAUGAUCGCGUGGACGCUAUGGAGGUCGACGGGGCGGGGGACGCUGCUGGUCCCGGAGAGGGGGCGGAGGAGGAGGCGGAGGCGGAGGAGGAGGACUUCGUGGUGCGCGAGAUCGAUGUGUACUUCACCCCCAAGCCCUUCGACGACGACACUAAGCUGUACAUUAUGCAAUAUCCCCUGAGGCCAUGUUGGCGCCCAUAUGAGUUAAAUGAAAUAUGCGAAGAGGUUCGCGUGAAGCCAUUGAGUUCAGAAGUUGAAGUUGAUUUAAGUGUCAAUAAACAGAGUGAAAAUUAUGACCAAGAGGCACCUUUGGGACUGACAAAACAGACACUUUCAUCAUCAAAAGCAGAAGAUGUUUCUGAUUAUGCGGUUGGAGUUCUUAAAGGCAACUUGGUUCAUUUAAAUCAUAUUGAUGCAGUGGUGCAAAUGCGACCAUCAAUGUCACAUGUAAUUUCUGGUCGAGCAUAUAAUAGGCAGGCUUUACAAUCUCGGGAAAUGAAUGGUGGUGCUAGUGGUUCAAAGGCUCCAUCUCGUAAGGGAGAUGAGCGCCCAGAAGAUUCCAAGGACCACGCAGAAGAUUCUCAGCCAUGGAUUUCUCUCACAUACCAGCCAACAGGGAGUAAUAUUGCAAGCAAGUACCAUGAUAAGAUGAUAUCAAAUGAGGGUGUUCCUAUUGAUUUCACAAUGAGCAACUCUGAUUAUGUAAUGUCCUUGUGUCCUGGAGUCUCAACUAGCAGCAAGCAUAUUAACAAAUGCCAAGCAAUAAGGGAGAUGCUUUUGCUACCACUUGAAGAACGCCUGAAAAAAUGGUUCACUGAGGUUUCAGAAGUAAACCAAUAUGAUGCUCUGAAGCACCUUGCUCCUACCUAUUCAGAGGAAGAAAUCCUGAAAGUCCUUCCAGACUAUGCAUAUUUAGUGCGUGGUUUAUGGGUCUGCAAAAGUUCUUUGUUGUUUGAUGAUGGAUAUGCUUCCAAAAGAGACAGAAUUCUUCUUGAAUUUACAAAAAGGGAGUCCAUCCCUGAGAAAAUUCUACAAGUAUGGAUAAAACCGGAUGACCUUAGGAGGAAGAGGAUACUGGUUCCAUUGUGUAAAAGACGUGGAGUUCUGAAGGACUAUAAAUUUAUAUCCUCAGAUUUGUCCUUUCUCAAACGCUAUCCUCAUAUAGUCAAUGAACAAGAGUCUGCUUGGUCCACUCACGAGAUGACUAUCCGAGAGUCUCUUGAAGUGUCCAAUAAAGUGGCACGGAAUACCAGGAAUUUGACCAGACCUAAUGUUGCUUCUAAAGGGCCCAAUCCAAAUAUGAGCAAGGGUAGGGAUGGCCCUGCUCAAGGAAGUGAUGACCAUGCGACUGUUUUGGGUACUGUUUUCACUGCCAACAAAGUUCGCAGCAUGCAGGCAGUUGUUAGAGACUUGCGUCAAUUGGCUGCAAAAUAUGCUUCCAAUAGAAAGGAUGGAUCAAAACUGCAAGCUCUGUCCAAGGCUGCAAAAGAUUGUGCAUCACUCCCUCAUGAUAAGCUCAAACAAUCAAUAUCUCUAGUUGCUGUUGAUGUUCAUGAUGUCUAUGUUGCAAAGCAUGAGGAGAAGUCUAGUAUACGGAACAUACUCAUUGCUCUCUUCCGUAAGAAAGAACCCAAUGCAACAUUGACCAAGCAGGAAAUUCUUGCUUCUGCUGCGAAGUAUUUAAAAAGAGAGAUUACUGAUAAGGAGUACCAUCAGGCCGUGACUGAAGUCUGCAUUUCUACUGAAGAUGGGCACUUGGUUUUGAAAAGUGGUGACGAGCCCUGAGUUCACUAUGAUAUUUGAAGGUCCAAGAUGGACUUCUUCAAGGGACAGCGAGACCUUACCUGAAAAUGGUGUCAAUACUUAUGGUGUUUUAUCAUGAAAUGGAAGGGAGAUAUCACCUGAUAAGCUCUGGAAAAAUAGAGAACGUUUUUACAAUGUCAUCAGGAUAAGGUGGCCAGCAAGGAAUACAAGAACCAGACUUUUACCAGAUUCUUAACUGACAGCUGGAAGAUUUUUUGGGCCUCAUCAUAUUACCUACCCUGGUUACAAAUUUCUUAGUGUUAUAUAAUAUUGGUCGAUCAGCUUUUUGGAGUAUUGCAAGUUCUGCAGGGUUAGCAAAAUUUAGUACAUAACCAGUCAGCCAGUCUCAUAGCCUAUCAUUAAACAUAGUUUCUGCCACUUAUAGACCUUGACCUUAUCAUGGUUACGGUAUUCAUUCCUUCCAUGGAAACAAGGUAACUGAGAAAGCUUGGUAGGGUUGUGCCGAAUUUGGAAAUGGCUGUUGCCAUGGUUGGAAUAAUAUUUCAGCUGGUUAAUGUUGCGUAUAUUUUUUUGCUCUUAAUCUCCUCGGUUGCGAACAUACCAUUGCACUCCAGUUUAAACUUCAUUUUUUUUA